AUGGACGCCACACUCUCGCCUACGGGCCCGAAUCAAGGCCGGAAAUACAAGUCGCGAAAGGAACGGCCCUGCGAUGCGUGCCGGCGGAGGAAGGUAUGCUGUAUUCGGGAGGAUGGAGAUGAUGCUUGUAACAUGGAAUGCCGAUAUCUAAAUGGACCGACUCCAAGAAAGCGAACCUCCAGCGAUAGCGAGACCAUCACAUCCGCACCAGCCUCUACGCCAACAUCAUUCCAAACAGUCAACACUUCAGCAACUACAGUCGCACCAACUCAGCCAACAGGCGAAUGGAUAAGCCAAUAUGCCGGUCUCUCGGCCGACAUGGACCCAUAUGUGCUACGGCAUUGCAAUUUCAACCGGUCCAACUAUUACGUCUCAACAUAUCAUGACUUCGCAACCUUUCGAGUCGGUAUGAGCGGGAGUGUGCCGUCACAUUUUACCUUAGUACCUGACAGUCACCUCGAUUGCAGGCCGCCGCACUAUCCUCCAAGCACGUUGCUGGACGAGGCUUACCCACUGCAUCAUGAGCUGUUGACAGCAUAUUUUGAUGUCAUCCACACAUCCUUCCCUUUGCUGGAGCCUGUACGAUUUACGAAAGGGAACAAGAUCGAUCUGCCCCUUUUGGCCGCAAUGUACAGCCUCGCCUUACCUUUUUGUGCGGCAGCUCGGAAUCUGUCGUACGCAAAUAUCAAUUCGUUCCUAUUCCAGGCUUUGCCCAUCGAGACCCGGACUCCAAGGCUGGAGACCAUCGAAGCAUCGUUGCUAUUUCUGCAACGCCAUACACAAAUUCAUCGAGCCCCUAUAACUCCUGGACUAUACCCAGAAAUCGGCUCUAUUGUCGGCAUGGCCUACGAAGCUGGCCUCAACGUCGACCCCUCGAAUUGGGAUCUCUCGCAAGCGGACCGGAGUCGAAGGAAAAGACUGUGGUGGGCCCUCUUCAUCUUCGACAAGUGGAGUGCUCUAGGCUUGGGCCGACCAUCCUACAUCUCCGACGACGAUACCACUGUGCCUCUCCCUAGCAUCGAGGACAUCUCCCCAACAAACGUAGGAAGAGAAUCACUUCCCCACGUCUGCGCUCAGAUGUUCGUCGCCAUGGCCGCCCUCUCACAGAUCCUCUCCACCAUCCUGUCCACGUUCUACACUCUCAAAGGCGCCGAGAACAUGGCCUCCUCAACCGGGGAAGAAAUCUCGCGCAUCAAAUCGUACUUCGAACUGCAACUCUCAGACUUCCACUCAAGCUACCUCACGUCCCUAUCACAACAACCCGGAAUCCUCCUCGACGCAACAGGGACUCUAUGGCUAGCCUACCACACCGCCGAAGUUGUCCUCUUCCGAGCUGUUCUCCGCUGCCCGCCAUCAACCAAUCCCACCACGCACCAGGUCCGCGAACGGGCAAAAUGCGCUGUAGGCUCAAUCUCAGAACUCCUCGAGAACCUCCGCGUCUCCCGCCUUCGAGCCUUCUGGUGGUCACCAAUAUCUCGCAUCAACUAUGCCAUCGCAGGCGGCUUCCUGUUCACGAUGCUGUUAUCAUCCAUCACGGAGGAGGAUAUCGAUUACUGGUCGAAUGAGAUUGUGCGGUACAGGAGGUUAUUAGAUUUGCAGAGUUUGUCGUUCGAUACGACGAAGCUAGCGGCUGCGAGGAUGAGUGCAUUGGCGAAUGUGAGCUCUGGUGGGAGGCCGCAGGGCGAUGGGGCUGGAAGGGUGGAUCCCAAGCAGGCGUUUUGCCGGGACUUUGGGGUUGAGCUGAACACGCUGUGA